GCCGAAAUUCCUAUUUGCACAAUUCAAGCAAAUUGCAAACCUCUAUUUUUUAGUCCUCUCCGUGAUUCAGUUCCUUCCCGGAUUGGCUCCGUUUGGUCGACAGGCAACCGUUGUCCCUCUAAUGUUUAUAAUCGGUUGUUCUGCUGUGAGAGAAAUUUAUGAAGAUUUGCGACGAAGGGUAAGAGACCGCAAAGUGAACUAUCAGAAAUGUUAUGCGCAUACCGAUAGCGGAUGGAGAGCUGUUCCUUGGUGUGAACUUCAUGUUGGUCAAAUGAUCAGAGCCGUGAACGGAGAACAGCUUGCUGCUGACUGUCUCAUUCUUGCAACCUCCGAACCAGGUUCAGUUGCUUAUGUUGAAACUGCGAACCUCGACGGCGAAAGCAAUUUGAAGGUUAGACAAGCAGCACCUACACGACUUCGUAACUGUGAAGAAAGUAUGAAUGAAUUCUGGACUAGCGAGACAGAAAUUGUCUACGACGCACCCAAUCGCAACAUUUAUGAAUUCCAAGGGUACUUGAUGGGCAAACCAGAUGUGCUUUCACCACCGGGGAGUGCCAGCUUCAGCAAUGACUUUAAUCCACCGCCAAAUAAUGGAGUGAGGAAAGAUUUGCCGACAACAAUUCCUCUCUCCAAUGCGCACAUAAUACUCAGAGGAGCUCGUCUAAAAAACACUGAUAAUAUCUAUGGUGUUGUCCUGUACACGGGAUCGGAUACUAAGCUGAUCAAAAACAGCAUUAAACGAGUUAUGAAGAGUUCGCUGCUCGCCAGUAUUUUGAAUUCAGUAAUGCUUACACAAUUUGGAAUGGUCUUGUUUUUAUGCUUGGCGCAUGCUCUUAUGGGACGCCUUUCUCAGCCAAUACCAUUUCUAGUAGCCACUGAGGCACCCGUGCGCGCAGUCAGGAAAUAACAGUGAUAAGACCUGUGUGCGAUCGAACCUUCCUGCAAUUUUUUCUGCUCAUUCCGCUGUGCUCAGACAAGACACGCACUAAAUCUACACACGGCUGCGCAAAGCGCGCCUCAUGCCUCAAUGCGAAUUUCUCCGGCGCGCAGGAUCUUCGCUAUUGGGGCACGCUAUGCAUUGUGGGCUUGACUAUACGCAAACGUAGAAUGCUGUCGAUAAUUUCUAAUG